UUCAAACUCCCCCUUUUGUUUUCCCUCGCUAAUUCGACAAGCGAGGCCAUGACAACGGAACCCAACUGUUAUCAAUUCACAGUUCAACAGCACCGUCGUCACCCUUUCGGCUAGCUGGGCAGUUCAUCAGUGAAGGAAUUUCGCCUUUUGACCUUCAAUUCUAAAUUCGCUGUGCAAAAGCAAAAGUUAUCUCAAUUCACACGUGCAAUAUGUCGCCCAAAAUAGCCGCUCUCAAACUGCCCACAUUGGAGGCCAUGUUCACAUCGUACGCCAAGUACAGGCCCACGUCCAACACGUUCCAGGGCGACGGGAAACGCAUAUUGUUGUCCCAGAGCGACGCCUGGAUGCAACAAGCCCGGCUGAUUGGACAGAAGCGGUUUUUCACGCUCACCGAGACGGGGGUAACGUUCUUUAAAUUCGGCAAGUCAUCGUUGGACUUCGAGGAAUAUCAACUGUUCUUGGAGGAGCUUUGUCAAACGAAGGGCAUUGGUCUGGAGGAAGUUAAACACAGCAUGGUUAGCUGUGGCCCACCGGGGAUGGUUUCCUGACAGUUCGGAAGCCAUACGUUGAUAGCGUAUCUGAACCAUGUAAUGAAUGAAUGAAAUCUGUGAGUUGCAAUCUAUUGGUGUUUUAUGGUACUGUGUGUGAAUAAAUUGACGACGAUGUGUUUA